AUGCACCGGGUCGACCUGGGCUCCCAACAAGCACCGGGUCGACCUGGGCUCCCAACAAGCACCGGGUCGACCUGGGCUCCCAACAAGCACGGGGUCGACCUGGGCUCCCAACAAGCACCGGGUCGACCUGGACACCCAACAAGCACCGGGUCGAUCUGGGCUCCCAACAAGCACCGGGUCGACCUGGGCUCCCAACAAGCACCGGGUCGACCUGGGCUCCCAACAAGCACCGGGUCGACCUGGGCUCCCAACAAGCACGGGGUCGAUCUGGGCUCCCAACAAGCACCGGGUCGACCUGGGCUCCCAACAAGCACCGGGUCGACCUGGGCUCCCAACAAGCACGGGGUCGACCUGGGCUCCCAACAAGCACCGGGUCGACCUGGACACCCAACAAGCACCGGGUCGAUCUGGGCUCCCAACAAGCACCGGGUCGACCUGGGCUCCCAACAAGCACCGGGUCGACCUGGGCUCCCAACAAGCACCGGGUCGACCUGGGCUCCCAACAAGCACCGGGUCGACCUGGGCUCCCAACAAGCACCGGGUCGACCUGGACACCCAACAAGCACCGGGUCGACCUGGGCUCCCAACAAGCACCGGGUCGAUCUGGGCUCCCAACAUGCACCGGGUCGACCUGGGCUCCCAACAAGCACCGGGUCGACCUGGGCUCCCAACAAGCACCGGGUCGACCUGGGCUCCCAACAAGCACCGGGUCGACCUGGACACCCAACAAGCACCGGGUCGAUCUGGACUCCCAACAAGCACCGGGUCGACCUGGGCUCCCAACAAGCACCGGGUCGACCUGGGCUCCCAACAAGCACCGGGUCGACCUGGGCUCCCAACAAGCACGGGGUCGACCUGGGCUCCCAACAAGCACGGGGUCGAUCUGGGCUCCCAACAAGCACCGGGUCGACCUGGGCUCCCAACAAGCACGGGGUCGACCUGGGCUCCCAACAAGCACGGGGUCGAUCUGGGCUCCCAACAAGCACCGGGUCGACCUGGGCUCCCAACAAGCACGGAGUCGAUCUGGGCUUCCAACAAGCACGGGGUCGACCUGGGCUCCCAACAAGCACCGGGUCGACCUGGGCUCCCAACAAGCACGGGGUCGACCUGGGCUCCCAACAAGCACGGAGUCGACCUGGGCUCCCAACAAGCACGGGGUCGAUCUGGGCUCCCAACAAGCACCGGGUCGACCUGGGCUCCCAACAAGCACCGGGUCGACCUGGGCUCCCAACAAGCACGGAGUCGACCUGGGCACCCAACAAGCACCGGGUCGACCUGGGCUCCCAACAAGCACGGAGUCGACCUGGGCUCCCAACAAGCACGGGGUCGAUCUGGGCUCCCAACAAGCACGGGGUCGAUCUGGGCUCCCAACAAGCACGGGGUCGACCUGAUCUCGCUACAUUUAAAUGCUGCAAUCAUCUAUAG